AUGGUUCACAUGACAACCUUGAGAAUUGUAUUGGCCUUAGCCGCGGCCAAGCAGUGGCACAUCAAACAGUUAGACAUUAACACCACUUUCCUUCACGGCGAUUUGAAUGAGGAAGGGGUUACCAUCAUUAUGGUUUAUGUUGAUGACUUGGUUUUGACUGGUGAUGACUUGGAUGAAAUUGAUAGAAUCAAAAGGUUACUUGAUCUGCGGUUUAAAAUCAAAGAUUUGGGUGAUUUAAAGUAUUUCUUAGGAAAGGAAGUGGCCAGAUCCUCCAAAGGAAUUCACAUAUGUCAGAGAAAAUAUGCGCUUGACAUCCUCAAAGAUUUUGGGUACUUAGAUUACAAACCUGUUAGCACGCCUAUGGAUUACACUUGUGCUUCCAAAUUGUCAAGAAAUAGUGGCACUGCUCUACCUGAUCGCACUCCUUACCGACAGCUCAUUGGAAGACUAUUAUACCUAACUAAUACACGGCCAGACAUUGCUUAUGCUAUGGGGCGACUUAGUCAGUUCAUUGAUUGCCCAACUGAUGAGCACAUGCGGGCAGCUUUUCAUAUGUUAAAAUACUUAAAAGGAUGCCCGUCCGUUGGUGUUUUUUUUUUUUUAGCAGACAAUGACCUCAAGCUCACUGGUUUUGCUGAUGCCGAUUGGGCAACAUGUGCAGAUACUCGAAAGUCUAUCACUGGCCACUGCUUCUAUCUUGGAAGUUCCUUAAUUAGUUGGAAGAGUAAGAAAUAA